AUGAUCCUAAUGAAGGAGAAACCCAGCCCCAGCCAGGAAUAUCAGAUGGAUGGCUUGCAUCGGAGACCUUCAAACCCCAUCAUCGGAGCGGUGCUUUUCUUCCCCAGCCUCCCCCUGCGCCAGGAGCGCCUACCAGCUACCGACGCAGCUCAGCCGCAGCUCAGCCCGCAGCUCAGCCCGCAGCUCAAGCCCGAGAAGCCCGCAGCUCAGCCCGCAGCUCAGCCGCAGCUCAGCCGCAGCUCAGCCCGCAGCUCAGCCGCAGCUCAGCCCGCAGCUCAAGCCCGAGAAGCCCGCAGCUCAAGCCCGCAGCUCAGCCGCAGCUCAGCCCGCAGCUCAAGCCCGCAGCUCAGCCCGCAGCUCAGCCCGCAGCUCAGCCGCAGCUCAGCCGCAGCUCAAGCCCGAGAAGCCCGCAGCUCAGCCCGCAGCUCAGCCCGCAGCUCAAGCCCGCAGUUCAGCCCGCAGCUCAGCCCGCAGCUCAGCCGCAGCUCAGCCGCAGCUCAAGCCCGAGAAGCCCGCAGCUCAGCCCGCAGCUCAAGCCCGCAGCUCAGCCCGCAGCUCAGCCGCAGCUCAGCCCGCAGCUCAGCCCGCAGCUCAGCCGCAGCUCAGCCCGCAGCUCAAGCCCGAGAAGCCCGCAGCUCAAGCCCGCAGCUCAGCCGCAGCUCAGCCCGCAGCUCAAGCCCGCAGCUCAGCCGCAGCUCAGCCCACAGCUCAGCCGCAGCUCAAGCCCGCAGCUCAGCCCGCAGCUCAAGCCCGAGAAGCCCGCAGCUCAAGCCUGCAGCUCAAGCCCGCAGCUCAGCCCGCAGCUCAAGCCCGCAGCUCAGCCCGCAGCUCAGCCCGCAGCUCAAGCCCGCAGCUCAGCCCGCAGCUCAGCCCGCAGCUCAAGCCCGCAGCUCAAGCCCGCAGCUCAGCCGCAGCCUCAAGCCCGAGAAGCCCGCAGCUCAGCAGCAGCUCAGCCCGCAGCUCAAGCCCGAGAAGCCCGGGCUCUGCGCCAGGCUCCGCCGCCUGGGCUGUGCCCCGGGCUCUGCGCCAGCCGCUUCCGCCUUCGGAGCAGCCGGUGUCAUUUCCACCGAUGCGAGCCCAGAGCGGUUUAAACGAGGUUACUUGAAGGUCCCCUUUCCUGGCCACACCCCGAGUCCUUGA